AUGGGUGUUUAUUUAGGCGCGCUCUUUUCGUUAUUGGUCAUUGAAAUGGCCAUACUGUUUGUUUUGGUGCUGCCACUGCCACAGCGUGUGAGGAAGUGGUUAUACCUACGCUAUCAUGCUAUAAUUUCCAAUAAGAAAUCCAGGACAUAUAUAAUGGUAGUCAUGAUAUUGGUGGGGCUCUUGUUCAUCGAUUCGUGGAAGAGAGCACAGAUAAAAGUUUCUACGUACCAUAAUCCGAGAAACCCUUACGUAACAAAUAGUGUCACCCCGGUGAAUGCACUGGCUGCAAGGGCAUACAACCAAAGAAAUGUUUACAUUUCAGGGUUCAUCAUUUAUUUCUUUAUAUGUAUACUCACCGUGAUGAGUAUACUACGCAGAAUAGUAGAGUGGAAUGACAAAGUGAGAAGUAGAGAUGUCAUCUUAAAGGCCCAGCUGAAGCAAAAGCAAAAAUACUUGAAUGAUCUGAAGAAGAAAAUGUAG